AUGUCCCGGCCGAGCAGCAGAGCCAUUUACCUGCACCGGAAGGAGUACUCACAGAACCUCUCCACAGACCCCACCUGCCUGCAGCACAGGGUGGAGCACCUGAUGACAUGUAAGCUGGGGACUCAGAAAGUCCAAGAGCCCAAGGAUGCCCUGAAGAAACUGCAGGAGGUGGAUGCUCAGGGCCGGGUGUGGAGUCAGGACUUGUUCCUGCAGGUCAGAGAUGGCUGGCUCCAGCUGCUGGACAUUGAGACAAAGGAGGAGCUGGACUCUUACCGCCUGGACAGCAUCCAGGCCAUGGAUGUGGCGCUCAACACUUGCUCCUUCAACUCCAUCCUGUCCAUCACAGUACGGGAGUCGGGCUUGCCAGGCACCAGCACUCUGCUCUUCCAGUGCCAGGAAGUGGGGGCAGAGCAACUGAGGACCAGCCUGCAAAAGGCCCUGGAGGACGACCAACAGCAAAAACCCCAGUCUGGAGCCCCAGGCCAAAACAGAUGGAGGGGGCCUCCUCCGGAAAGACCGUUCCCUAAGGAGCAGUUACACCCUCCGGAGCAGGGGCCCUCUCCAGAACAGCCCUACUGGAUGACCCCAGAGCACAACAUGCCACCAUCUCCAAGGUCCCUGCCACGCCACUCCAGUGCCCGAGAACAAAGCACCUUCACUCUCCCUCCUCCAAGCCAGUCCCCAUCCCCCGAGAACCCAGAGAGGGAUGAGGAGAUACUAAGCCACAUCCUUAGAGACAUCGAGGUGUUUGUGAGAAUGCUGAAGGAGGCCCAGGCAAAGAACAGUCAUAAGAAGAAGAGACUGGGGAAGAAAAAGGGCAAGGAUCAGUGGGGGAUGACACAGGCACAGUACAUUGACUGCUUCCAGAAAGUCAAGUACAGCUUCAACCUCCUGGGGAAGCUGGCCAUCUGGCUGCCGGAGAAGAAUGCCCCUGAGUUCGUGCACACCCUCUUCCAACUUCUACACUUCAUCCUGGCCCAGUGCUCGGAGCCCGGCCUCGCCACCCGAGUGAUUUCACCCCUCCUCACCCCCAAAGCCAUCGACCUGCUGCAGUCCUGCCUAAGCCCACAUGAGAGUGACUUCUGGAAGGGUCUGGGUGUGGCCUGGACUACCAGCCGGGCCAACUGGACAGGCAGUGAACCCCUGCCCUAUCAACCCACAUUCUAUGAUGGUUGGCAGCUUCCAGAACACUCCAACCAGGCCCCCUCAGGAUACCAGGACUCUACUUCCCUCCGCCAUCCUGACUCUGCGUGUGGUUGGGGGGGAAGCCCCGCGUUAGGGAGCACCUACUUUGCUCAAGAGGAGAUACACCACCAUGGCCCUCAGCCCGGGGACCCCAACCACGUGCCCUCCAGCCCCAGACUUGCCAAGCCAGCCCUGAAAAUGCAAGUUCUCUAUGAGUUUGAAGCUAGGAACCCACAGGAACUGACUGUGGCCCAGGGAGAGGUGCUGGAGGUUCUGGACCAGAGCAAGCGGUGGUGGCUGGUGAAGAAUGAGAAGGGACAGAGUGGCUACAUUCCCAGCAACAUCCUAGAGCCUCAACAGUCGGGGUCCCAGAGCCAGCCGCCUUCUCGGGCUCCAAUGCUUCGACUUAGCUCAACGCCUGAGGAAGUCACAGCCUGGCUGCAGGCAGAGAACUUCUCCACCAUCACGGUGAGGAGCCUCAGGUUCCUGAGAGGGAACCAGCUGCUUCACAUGAGACCUGGGGAGCUUCAGAUGCUGUGUCCACAGGAGGCCCCACGAGUCCUGGCGCGGUUGGAAGCUGUUAAAAGGAUGCUGGGGGUGAGGACAGCCGGGGGGCACUGA